GGUCCCUGGAGAAGCUGCUGCCCCGAUCGUUUUGAGAAAGCCCAGCUCUGAAUUCGGCCCUCGUCUUUCCCCCAGGGGAGCUGCAUCUUGAGACAGAUUCUCGCCUGAUCCAUUUCCUCUUCCUCCCUCCCUUCUCCUCCAUUCCGUGCUGCGAUACCCUCCCGCGGGCGCGCGUACACUUUGCUAUCCUUCUCUCUGAGACUUCUCAUCAAGAAAGCGCCCAAACUCAAAGACUGGACAGAAAGGAAAAGUUGCCUACUCACCAGAAAAGAUGUCUGCGAAGAGCAUCCUCGAGGCUGAUGGCAAGGCCAUCAUCAACUACCAUCUCACUCGCUCUCCGGUGAUCAAGCCUAGCCCGCUCCCGCCCCCGACCAAACACAACCCUCCUCCUAGGCUUGCUUCCAUCCACUUUCCCGAGGACAAGGACGUCAACGACGUCCUCGACCAGGCCGAGAUCACGUACCCUUGGCUGCUGCACCAGGACGCCAAGUUUGUCGCUAAGCCAGAUCAGCUCAUCAAGCGUCGUGGCAAGAGCGGCCUGCUCGCCCUGAACAAGACCUGGGCUGAGGCGAGGGCGUGGAUUGCUGAACGCGCCGGCAAGGUGCAGAAGGUCGAGCACACAGAGGGUGUUCUCCGGCAGUUCCUGGUCGAGCCCUUCGUCCCGCAUCCCCCCAACACCGAGUAUUACAUCAACAUCAAUUCGGUUCGCGAUGGCGACUGGAUUCUUUUCACCCACGAGGGUGGUGUCGAUGUCGGUGAUGUCGACGCGAAGGCCGAGAAGCUUCUCAUCCCCGUCGACCUCACGCAGUAUCCCUCAAAUGAGGAGAUUGCUGCCACUCUCCUGAAGAACGUCCCGAAGGGCAUUCACAAUGUCCUGGUUGACUUUAUCACCCGCCUCUACGCCGUCUACGUUGACUGCCAGUUCACUUAUCUCGAAAUCAACCCUCUGGUUGUGAUCCCCAACGAGGAUGCUACAUCUGCGUCCGUUCAUUUCCUCGAUCUUGCUGCCAAGCUGGAUCAAACAGCAGAUUUCGAGUGCGGUGUGAAGUGGGCUAUUGCGAGGUCGCCGACCGCUCUGGGCAUCAAUGCUCCGGCGUCCAAUAACGGCACCGUCAACAUUGACGCUGGCCCGCCGAUUGUGUUCCCGGCUCCCUUCGGCCGUGAGCUCUCUAAGGAGGAAGCUUACAUUGCCGAGCUUGAUGCGAAGACGGGUGCCUCACUCAAGCUGACGGUCCUGAACCCCAACGGGAGGAUCUGGACCCUCGUUGCCGGCGGUGGUGCGUCGGUUGUCUACGCUGAUGCCAUCGCCUCGGCCGGUUUUGCCGACGAGCUGGCCAACUACGGCGAGUACUCUGGUGCUCCCACCGAGUCCCAGACAUACCACUAUACCAGGACCGUCCUCGAGCUGAUGCUCCGGGCGCCAAUGCACCCCAAGGGCAAGGUUCUCUUCAUUGGUGGCGGCAUUGCCAACUUCACCAAUGUUGCCAGCACCUUCAAGGGCGUCAUCAAGGCGCUCCGCGAGUAUGCUAAUACGCUCAAUGAGCACAAUGUCCAGAUCUGGGUCCGUCGUGCCGGUCCUAACUACCAGGAGGGUCUCAAGAACAUGAAGGCGGCAACUCAGGAGCUUGGCCUCAACGCCAAGAUUUUUGGUCCCGAGAUGCACGUCAGCGGCAUCGUUCCCUUGGCCCUCAUUCCCGGAAAGUGGGAAGAGAACACGGUGGAGGAAUUCAAGGGCUGAGAGAAGGUGCGGAGGUGUAAAAUUGUUUAUUCGUAUUGCCGUUUGACGAUUAUAUACGGCGGCUUUUAUCGCGCGGGAAAGAAGAUUCCCCAUAGACAGUAUAAUACAGUUCAAAACCUGCUUCUACGGCGCAA